GCAAAAAAAAAAUAAAAUAACUGAAUGCACAUUGCUGAUGCAAGACUUUGAAUGGAUCUACUUAAAGUGGUUGUAAAGGCUCAAGGUUUUCUACCUUCAUGCAUUCUAUGCAUGAAGAAUGUCUGGAGCAGGGGUGGACUGACCAUUUGGAAACUCUGGCACUGCCCGAGGGCCCAGGGGCAGUAGGGGGCCCCAUGAGAUGCCCCUGGUACCUUUUUCAUAGGCUUUUAUGAGUUUGGGCAAGGACACAGGGGCCCCAUGAUCCCCUAUUACCCGGGGGCCCCAUGAGUUGUCAGUCCGCCCCUGGUCU